AUGGCGACAGAGCAGAGCGGAGUAGGAAGUCAGGAGAGCCAACCAAACCAAGUGGCUCCUGGUUUUGUAGGAGCAAUUGAAGAACAAUACAAGAAACUCAGAGAUCAUGCAGAAGCUUAUCCAUAUGUGUGGGGUUCUUACAUUGUUGUCUACGGCGGUCUUUUCCUUUGGACAGGUUAUCGAUGGAGAAAGCUGAGGAGAACUGAGGAUCGAGUUCGUGGUCUUCAGGAAAAACUUCGGAAACUCGUUGAAGAUGAACAAUCAGCUGUAACAGCUUCUAAAUCUGCUCAAUCAAUCGACAAGUCUUCUUCAGUUUCUGACAAGACAAUGCCUUAA